GGCUGCUAGGAUCUAUCUCAGCCUGUGUGUCAUCUCUCUGCACAGGGAGAGGGGAGCCGAGCAGCCUCUCUCUCUCCCCCUCCGACCGCACGGAUUACAGUUUAGGGAAGCCUCGGGGAUCGCGACGAGGACACCCGCCGCGCCAUGGCUGACGGAGGGGAGAGCGAGGAUGAAAUCCAGUUCCUCAGAACGGAAGAUGAGGUUGUCCUUCAGUGUAGCACAACAUUCAAAAAGCAGCACAUGAAGAUGUGUAUGGGAGCUGAAGGCUUUGGAAAUCGUCUUUGUUUCCUAGAAUCUACAUCUAAUGCUCAGAAUGUUCCUCCAGAUCUUGCCAUCUGCUGCUUCGUUCUGGAGCAGUCUCUCUCAGUCCGGGCCUUGCAGGAGAUGUUGGCGAAUACGGUGGAGAUUGGGGGUGAUGUGCCCAAUUUGGAUAAAUGGUCAUCACAGGGAGGGGGACAUCGGACGUUGCUAUAUGGUCACGCCAUCCUACUGCGGCACUGUCACAGUGACAUGUAUCUCUGCUGUCUCACCACAUCUCGAUCUCUAACGGAUAAGUUGGCGUUUGAUGUUGGGCUUCAAGAGGAUGCCUCAGGGGAGGCAUGUUGGUGGACCAUUCACCCUGCUUCCAAGCAGCGCUCAGAAGGUGAGAAAGUACGAAUUGGGGAUGAUUUGAUCCUGGUCAGUGUUUCCUCUGAAAGAUAUUUGCAUCUCUCUACUGCUAGUGGUGAGCUCCAAGUGGAUGCCUCCUUCAUGCAAACCCUGUGGAACAUGAACCCAAUCACUUCUGGCUGUGAGAUUGCUGAAGGAUACCUGACUGGCGGGCACGUCUUGCGUUUGUUUCAUGGUCACAUGGACGAAUGUUUGACCAUCGCUUCCACUGACCAAGGAGAGGACCAGCGCAAGUUGUCACAUUAUGAGGGAGGAGCUGUAUGCUCCCAUGCCCGGUCAUUGUGGCGUCUUGAACCUCUGAGAAUCAGCUGGAGUGGAGGUCACGUAAGAUGGGGACAGCCAUUCCGUGCACGCCAUGUUACCACAGGAAGGUACCUAGCAAGAGACGAGGAGAAGGGUCUAGUGUUGGUGGAACCUGAGAAAGGAAAUACCAAAACCACAUCUUUCUGUUUCCGGGCUUCCAAGGAAAAGUUGGAUGUCGCCCCAAAGAGAGAUGUGGAGGGAAUGGGUCCUGCUGAGAUCAAGUAUGGCGAGUCUAUGUGCUUUGUCCAGCAUGUGAAUAGCGGCUUGUGGCUUACAUACGGUGCAGCAGAUUCCAAGGUUGUCCGUCUCGGCCCACUGAAACGCAAGGCUAUUCUGCACCAAGAAGGACACAUGGAUGAUGCCCUGGCUCUCUCUCGCUCCCAGAGGGAAGAAUCGCAGGCAGCAAGAAUGAUCUACAGCACAUCUGGACUCUUCAACCUCUUCAUAAAGGGUCUGGACAGCCUCAACGGUAAGAACAAGCCAUCGAAAGCGGUUACAUUGCCCCUGGACAUGGUCAUCUUGACCCUGCAGGAUCUGAUUGGCUAUUUCCAACACCCAGACGAGGAACUUCAACAUGAAGAGAAACAGACAAAACUCCGCUCGCUGAAAAAUCGUCAGAACCUCUUUCAGGAGGAGGGUAUCAUCUCGCUGGUCUUGGACUGUAUAGAUAGACUGAAUAUUUACAGUACGGCCGCACAUUUUGCAGAGUUUGCUGGUGAAGAUGCUGCAGAUUCCUGGAAGGAGAUUGUAAACUUGCUGUAUGAACUGCUUGCGGCCUUAAUCAGGGGAAACCGCUCGAACUGCGCACUCUUCUCCAACAACUUGGAUUGGGUAGUCAGCAAACUGGACCGACUGGAGGCUUCAUCAGGGAUUUUGGAAGUGUUGUACUGUGUGUUGAUCGAGAGUCCUGAAGUUCUGAACAUCAUUAAAGAAAAUCACAUUAAGUCAAUCAUUUCUUUAUUGGACAAACACGGACGGAAUUACAAGGUCCUGGAUGUCCUCUGCUCUCUCUGUGUAUGUAACGGGGUUGCUGUCAGGUCCAACCAGAACUUGAUCACUGAGAAUUUACUCCCCCGUCGGGAUCUCCUUCUUCAGACAAGGAUGGUCAAUUAUGUCACCAGCAUGCGUCCAAAUGUCUUCUUGGGGACAUGUGAGGGCUCUACGCAGUUCAAGAAGUGGUAUUAUGAGAUGAUCGUGGACCACGUGGAACCUUUUGUCUCUGCUGAAGCUACCCAUCUUCGAGUUGGCUGGGCAAUGACAGAGGGUUAUAGCCCUUAUCCCGGGGCUGGAGAAGGCUGGGGAGCCAACGGAGUAGGCGAUGACUUGUACUCCUUUGGCUUUGAUGGUCUUCAUCUCUGGUCAGGUCGUGUUGGCCGAUCAGUAGCUUCGCACAACCAGCAUUUAUUGGCCGCCGAUGAUGUUGUCAGCUGCUGUCUGGACCUCAUGGUGCCAAGCAUUUCUUUUCGUAUUAAUGGGCAUCCCGUGCAGGGCAUGUUCGAGAGCUUUAACUUGGAUGGACUCUUCUUUCCGGUGGCCAGCUUUUCUGCUGGCGUAAAAAUUCGCUUUCUUUUGGGUGGUCGUCAUGGAGAUUUCAAGUUCUUACCCCCUCCUGGCUAUGCACCAGUGUAUGAGGCUCUGCUGCCCCGAGAUCGAAUGCGAGUAGAACCCAUCAAAGAAUACAAACACGACUUUCAGGAAAUACGAAAUCUGCUCGGUCCCACCAAAUCCCUUUCCCACACAUCCUUUGUACCAUGUCCUGUGGACACAGUGCAAAUUGUUCUCCCUCCUCACCUAGAACGUAUCCGUGAAAAGCUGGCCGAAAACAUUCAUGAGUUAUGGGCUCUGACCAGGAUCGAGCAAGGAUGGACCUAUGGACCAAUACGGGAUGAUAACAAGAGACUACAUCCUUGUCUUCUGGAUUUCCACAGUCUCCCUGAGCCAGAGAGAAACUACAACCUCUUGAUGUCUGGGGAGACCUUGAAAACACUGCUUGCCCUGGGCUGCCAUGUUGGCAUGGCAGACGAGAAAGCCGAGGAGAACCUGAAGAAGAUCAAACUCCCUAAAACGUAUGUUAUGUCUAACGGAUACAAACCAGCACCUUUGGACCUCUCCCACGUCAAGCUGACCCCUGCUCAAAACACCCUGGUGGAUAAACUGGCAGAGAACGGGCACAAUGUCUGGGCAAGAGAUAGGGUGCAGCAAGGAUGGACAUACAGCAUCAUCCAGGAUAUUAAAAACAAAAGGAAUCCUCGCCUUGUGCCAUACAGUCUGCUAGAUGAAAAAACAAAGAAGACCAACCGUGACAGUCUUUGUGAAGCUGUGCGGACCCUGAUGGGAUAUGGUUACAACAUUGAACCUCCAGACCAGGAAAGCACUGCCCAGGGAGUCGCAAAGCCACGUACCGAGAGAGUGCGCAUCUUUAGGGCUGAGAAGUCCUACGCGGUGAAAUCUGGAAAGUGGUACUUUGAGUUUGAGGCGGUCACUACUGGGGAGAUGAGAGUUGGUUGGGCAAGACCAGAGGUCCGACCAGACAUGGAGCUGGGAGCCGACGAUUUGGCUUAUGUGUUUAAUGGCUGCAGGGGCCAGCGAUGGCAUAUUGGCAGUGAGCCUUUUGGCCGUAACUGGCAGGCUGGAGAUGUGGUUGGCUGUAUGAUCGACCUCACAGAGAUGAAUAUAAUGUUUACCUUGAAUGGAGAGAUGUUAAUUAGUGAUUCGGGUUCAGACCUGGCUUUCAAGGACAUCGAGAUUGGGGAUGGGUUUAUUCCAGUUUGCAGUCUCGGUAUGUCUCAAGUUGGACGGCUGAACCUUGGUCAAGAUGUCAGCAGUCUCCGAUAUUUUACCAUUUGUGGCCUUCAAGAAGGGUUUGAACCUUUUGCUAUCAACAUGAAGCGAGAGAUCACCGUUUGGUUUAGUAAGAGUCUACCUCAGUUUGUGCCGCUGCCUUCUGAACAUGGCCAUGUUGAGGUUGGACGAAUUGACGGCACGGUUGACAACCCUCCCUGCCUCAAAAUCACCCACAAAACAUUCGGAUCCCAGAACAGCAACAAUGACCUGCUCUUCUUCAGGCUUAGCAUGCCUGUGGAGUUCCACGAAACUUUCAAGUUCACACCGGGUGCCACCCUUGUCACCCGCACCUUCACCAUCCCCGAGGAGGACUGCCUGGACGUGGACAUGGACUCCGAGUUUGAGGUUCUGAAGAAGUCAGCCAGUCGCAAAGAGGCAGAGGCCACUAAUGAAAAAGAUGCCGCUAAAGAACCACCAAAGGAGCAACCAAAACCAGAAAAUGAGAAGGAUGCGGCCUCUGAAAAAGGCAAAGGAAAGAGGGGGUUUCUCUUCAAAGCCAAAAAACCGUCCUUUAUCUCCCCGCCGCCUGUAGUACCAGCCAUGCCACGUCUGGUAAAGGAUGUGGUACCUGACGACCGAGAUGACGUUGACAUUAUCAUGAACACGACCACGUAUUAUUAUUCGGUGAGAAUUUUUGCUGGACAGGAGCCAACGGGUGUAUGGGUUGGUUGGGUGACCCCCGAUUACCACCUCUACGAUAUGAACUUUGACCUGAACAAAGUACGUCAAGCCACGAUUACCAUGGGCGAUGACAAAGGAAAUAUAUUUAACAGCAUUAAGCGUAGUAACUGCUACAUGGUCUGGGGUGGAGAAUUCAGCAGCAAUACACAGCAAGCACGUGUCCGAAAGGAAGAUCUUGUAAUUGGCUGUCUGAUUGACCUCGCAACAGGCCUCAUGACCUUCACAGCCAAUGGUAAAGAAGUCAACACGUUCUUCCAGGUGGAGCCAAAUACCAAGCUGUUCCCUGCUGUGUUCGUCCAGCCUCUCAGCCAGAACAUGUGUCAGUUUGAACUGGGAAAACUAAAGAAUAUCAUGCCCAUAUCGGCCGCCAUGUUUCGCAGUGAGCAUAAGAAUCCUGUGCCGCAGUGCCCGCCACGUCUGGAUGUGCAGUUGUUGACGCCAGUUGUGUGGAGCCGCAUGCCCAAUGACUUUCUAACCGUGGAAGCAGGAAAAGUAAGCGAUCGGCACGGCUGGAUGACGGAGUGCUCAGAGCCACUAAUGAUGAUGGCCCUUCAUAUCCCAGAGGAGAAUAGGUGUAUUGAUAUUUUAGAGUUGUCUGAACGACUGGACCUGUUGAGGUUCCAUUAUCAUACUCUGAAGCUGUACUGCUCAGUCUGUGCUCUGGGCAACAAUCGAGUGGCCCAUGCUUUGUGCAGUCACGUGGACGAAUCUCAGCUGCUUUAUACCAUUGAGAGCAACCACCUGUCUGGACUCCUCCGCAGUGGCUUCUAUGACUUACUGAUUAGCAUUCACCUGGAGUCAGCCAAGAGAGCACGUCUGACCAUGAACAACGAAUUUAUCGUACCUAUGACUAACCAGACCAAGAGCAUCAAGCUAUUCCCCAGUGAUAAUAAGAAAUCUGGUCUUCCUGGGGUUGGCAUGAGCACCUGCCUGAGACCUGAGCUUCAUUUCUCACACACCUGCUUUGUCAGCACCAGCAGUGAACUCUACCAGCUCAGCCCUUUCAUCCCACUGGACAUACUAAAGAUCAAGGCCAUCAACAUGCUGACUGAAGCUGUCUUAGAUGGUGGCCAACAUACCAGGGAUCCAGUGGGAGGAAGUGUUGAAUUCCAAUUUGUGCCAGUUCUGAAACUAAUUUCCACCCUCCUGAUUAUGGGUGUGUUUGAGGAUGAUGAUGUGAGACAUAUCCUGAAGAUGAUAGAACCCAAUGUAUUCUCAGAGGAGGAGGCAGUGGAAGAGGAACAGGAGGCGGCAGAAGAAGAGGAAGAGGAGCCUACUGAGGAAGGUGGAGAGGAAGAAGGAGCAGAAGAGGAAGAAGGGGAGGAAAAGACAGAGGAAGGGGAAGAGAAGGCGGUGGAGGCUGGCGAAGAAGAAGCCAAAGAAGAAGAAGAAGGUGUAGAGGAAGGUUUGCUGCAGAUGAAGCUGCCAGAGUCUGUUAAGUUGCAGAUGUGCAACCUUCUUCAAUAUUUCUGUGACCGGGAAUUACAGCACCGCGUGGAAGCAAUCAUUGCAUUUUCUGAGCGCCAUGUCGACAGUCUGCAAACCAAUCAGAGGAAACGUUAUAAGGAACUGAUGCAAGCGUUUACAAUGAGUGCGGCAGAGACAGCGCGGAGGACAAGGGAAUUCCGCUCACCUCCACAAGAGCAGAUUAAUAUGUUGGUGAACUUCAGAAACAUGGCUGAGGAGGACACCCCUGUGCCUGAGGAAAUUCAGGAUGAGUUAACAGAAUUUCAUUCUGAUCUCUUAUCUCAUUGUGGGGUCCAGAUUGAAGGAGAGGAGGAGGAAGAGCAAGAAGACACGAGUCUGGCCAGACGUCUCUUCAACUUAGUGGAAAAAGUGAGAAAUCUGCGCGGUAAACGCGAAGAACCAGAACCUGUGCAGGAGGAGAAAGAAGAACCUAAACCAAGUACUCUGCAAGAGCUAAUCUCACAUACCAUGGUUUACUGGGCUCAGGAAUCCUUUAUUCAGAACCCUGAGCUGGUCCGUGUAAUGUUCAGCCUUCUUCACCGCCAGUACGAUGGGCUGGGAGAGCUGAUCCGUUCUCUGCCCAAGGCCUACACCAUUAAUGCUGUGUCAGUGGAGGACACCAUGAACCUUCUGGAGAGUCUAGGACAGAUCCGAUCCCUGCUUAUUGUACAGAUGGGACCUGAAGAGGAGAACCUCAUGAUUCAGAGCAUUGGGAAUAUAAUGAAUAACAAGGUGUUUUACCAGCACCCCAACCUAAUGCGAGCUCUGGGCAUGCACGAGACGGUUAUGGAGGUCAUGGUCAAUGUCCUAGGAGGGGGAGAAUCUAAGGAAAUCCGCUUUCCCAAAAUGGUGACAAACUGUUGCCGUUUCCUGUGCUAUUUCUGUAGGAUCAGCCGACAAAACCAACGAGCCAUGUUUGACCAUCUCAGCUAUCUACUGGAGAACAGUGGCAUUGGUUUGGGAAUGAGAGGUUCCACACCGCUUGAUGUGGCUGCCGCCUCAGUGAUUGAUAAUAACGAACUGGCGUUAGCACUACAAGAGCAGGACUUGGAGAAGGUUGUCUCCUAUCUGGCAGGAUGUGGUCUGCAGAGUUGUCCUAUGCUUCUGGCAAAAGGCUAUCCUGAUAUAUCAUGGAACCCAGGAGGGGGAGAGAGGUACCUGGACUUUCUGCGAUUUGCAGUCUUCGUGAAUGGGGAAAGCGUGGAAGAGAAUGCAAAUGUGGUAGUACGCCUUCUGAUCCGGCGGCCGGAAUGCUUCGGACCAGCGUUGAGAGGGGAAGGAGGGAAUGGGCUGCUUGCCGCCAUUGAGGAUGCCAUUAAAAUAUCUGAGGAUCCGGCAAGGGACGGGCCUACGGUGAAGAAGGACAGGCGCAGAGAGCUUUAUGGAGGAGAAGAAGUUCAUGAAGAAAAUAGAGUCCACCUUGGUAAUGCCAUUAUGUCCUUCUACGCGGCUCUGAUUGACUUAUUGGGACGGUGUGCUCCUGAGAUGCAUUUGAUCCAGGCUGGUAAAGGAGAAGCUCUCAGGAUCCGUGCCAUCCUACGCUCCCUGGUGCCUCUUGAGGAUCUGGUGGGUGUUAUUAGCCUGCCCUUACAAAUUCCAGCCUUCGGGAAAGAUGGCAACAUCAUUGAGCCAAAAAUGUCUGCUAGCUUUGUACCAGAUCACAAGUCACCGAUGGUUCUGUUCCUGGAUCGUGUGUAUGGUAUCGAGACGCAGGACUUCCUAUUGCAAGUUCUUGAGGUUGGGUUCCUGCCGGACAUGAGGGCUGCGGCAUCGUUGGACACAGCUGCCUUUAGUACGACAGAAAUGGCCCUGGCUUUGAACCGGUACUUGUGCCUAGCCGUUCUUCCCUUGAUUACCAAAUGUGCCCCCCUUUUUGCUGGCACUGAGCAUCGCGCCAUAAUGGUUGACUCCAUGCUUCAUACAAUUUACCGUCUGUCUCGAGGCCGUUCACUCACCAAGGCGCAACGAGACGUUAUUGAGGAAUGUCUGAUGGCGCUGUGCAGAUACCUCCGUCCAUCCAUGUUACAGCAUCUCCUGCGAAGGUUGGUGUUUGACGUACCCAUUCUGAAUGAGUUUGCCAAGAUGCCUUUAAAGCUUCUGACCAAUCACUAUGAGCGUUGCUGGAAGUAUUAUUGUCUGCCGACGGGCUGGGCCAAUUAUGGCGUCACAUCAGAGGAAGAACUACACCUAACGAGGAAGCUCUUCUGGGGAAUUUUUGAAUCCCUUGCUCACAAGAAAUUUGAUGCAGACCUUUAUAAGAUCACUAUGCCAUGCUUAUGUGCCAUCGCUGGGGCCAUUCCUCCCGACUACGUGGAUGCCAGCUAUUCAUCCAAGACUGAGAAGAAGGCUUCUGUGGAUGCGGAGGGGAACUUCGACCCCAAACCAGUGGAAACUUUGAAUGUGAUUAUUCCAGAGAAGUUGGAUGGAUUUAUUAAUAAAUACGCGGAGUAUACUCACGACAAGUGGGCAUUUGAGAAGAUACAAAAUAAUUGGUCGUAUGGAGAUAUAGUGGAUGAAGAAGCAAAGACACACCCUAUGCUUCGGCCGUACAAAACCUUCUCUGAAAAGGAUAAGGAGAUUUAUCGCUGGCCCAUCAAGGAGUCCCUGAAAGCCAUGAUCGCCUGGGAAUGGAUGGUUGAAAAGGCCCGGGAGGGCGAUGAGGACCGGACAGAGAAGAAAACAAAAACUCGCAAGAUUUCGCAAUCUGCGCAGGCUACAUAUGAUCCGGCAGUUCAAACAUUCAGCCCCACGCCCAUCGAUCUGACGGGGAUUACGAUCUCCAGGGAGCUGCAGUCCAUGGCUGAGCAGCUUGCAGAAAAUUAUCACAAUACCUGGGGACGAAAGAAGAAGCAAGAACUGGAGGCAAAGGGAGGUGGAACACACCCCUUGCUAGUACCAUAUGACACCCUAACAGCCAAAGAGAAAGCUCGAGACAGGGAAAAGGCUCAAGAACUGAUGAAAUUCCUGCAGAUUCAUGGCUACUCAGUGACAAGGGGUCUGAAGGACAUGGAGCUGGACACAUCGUCCAUUGAGAAGCGAUUUGCCUAUGGAUUCCUGCAAAAACUUUUGAAAUUAAUGGACUCGGCCCAGGAAUUUAUUGCUCACCUGGAGGCCGUGGUGAGCAGCGGCAGAGUCGAAAAAUCGCCACAUGAACGUGAAAUUAAAUUCUUUGCAAAGAUCCUGCUCCCACUGAUUAAUCAGUAUUUCUCCAACCACUGCCUGUACUUCCUGUCCACGCCGGCCAAAGUGCUGGGAAGUGGGGGCCACGCAUCCAACAAAGAGAAGGAAAUGAUUGCCAGUCUAUUUUGUAAGAUGGCUGCUCUGGUGCGACACCGCGUAUCCCUGUUCGGUAACGAUGCACCAGCAGUCGUUAACUGCCUCCAUAUCUUAUCGCGUUCAUUGGAUGCUAGGACUGUGAUGAAGUCUGGCCCUGAGAUUGUUAAAGCUGGCUUGCGUUCUUUCUUUGAGGGAGCAUCAGAGGACAUUGAGAAGAUGGUGGAGAAUUUGAAACUUGGUAAAGUGUCCCAGUCACGCACCCAGGUAAAGGGUGUGACCCAAAACAUUAACUACACCACGGUGGCCCUACUGCCGGUCCUGACAUCACUCUUCGAGCACAUUGCGCAGCAUCAGUUUGGAGAUGACGUCAUAUUGGACGACGUCCAGGUGUCUUGUUACAGAACGCUCUGCAGUAUCUACUCUCUGGGGACCACAAAGAACCCCUAUGUUGAAAAGCAGCGACCAGCCCUCGGUGAAUGUCUAGCCAGGCUUGCCGCUGCGAUGCCGGUAGCUUUCCUUGAGCCUCAUCUUAAUGAGUACAACAUGUACUCUGUGUACACCACCAAGUCACCACGAGAGAGAGCCAUUCUGGGGCUCCCCAACUCCGUGGAAGAGAUGUGCCCUGAUAUUCCUGAUUUUGACAGCCUGAUGAAGGACAUUGGGAUGUUGGCGGAGUCUGGUGCCCGUUACACUGAGAUGCCCCAUGUUAUUGAGGUUACCCUGCCCAUGCUGUGUAAUUACCUCCCCCGCUGGUGGGAACGGGGACCGGAAAAUGUCCCAGAUGAUUCCUCUCUGUGUUGUACAAGUGUGACCUCUGAGCACCUCAACGCUCUCCUGGGUAACAUCCUGCGCAUCGUAGUGAACAAUCUGGGCAUCGAUGAGGCAUCCUGGAUGAAGAGGCUGGCAGUAUUUGCACAGCCCAUUGUGAGCAAAGCAAAACCAGAACUCCUUCGGUCUCAUUUCAUUCCCACCAUGGAAAAGCUAAAAAAGCGGGCAGGAAAGGUGGUAGCUGAAGAAGAGCAACUUCGCCUUGAGGCCAAGAGUGAAUCCGAAGAUUCAGAAUCGUUGAUACGGGACGAGUUCUCAGUUCUGUGCCGGGAUCUGUAUGCUUUGUAUCCAUUACUCAUUCGCUACGUGGAUAACAACAGAGCCAACUGGCUGACGGUUCCUAACAAUGAUGCGGAGGAGCUUUUCCGAAUGGUGGGAGAAGUCUUUAUUUUCUGGUCUAAAUCCCAUAACUUUAAGCGAGAGGAGCAGAAUUUCGUUGUCCAGAAUGAAAUCAAUAACAUGUCAUUCCUGACAGCAGAUAGCAAGAGUAAAAUGUCAAAGUCUGGAGAAAGUCAGUCUGGUGGGUCUGACCAGGAACGCACAAAAAAGAAGAGGAGGGGAGAUCGGUACUCUGUGCAGACAUCACUCAUCGUGGCCACACUCAAGAAGAUGCUUCCCAUUGGGCUAAACAUGUGCUCUCCUACUGACCAAGAACUGAUUGUAGUGGCCAAAGCACGCUACGCCAUGAAAGAUACAGACGAAGAGGUCAGGGAAUAUAUGCAGAAUAAUCUCCAUCUGCAGGGCAAGUGCGAGAAUUCGUCCAUGCGCUGGCAGAUGGCUCUUUACAACAAGAUGUCUGGGAAGGCAGAGGAUUCCAACAGCCCUGAGAAGAUAGUGAAACGCGUGCAGGAGGUGUCAGCCGUCCUCUAUCACCUGGAGCUGACGGAGCAUCCCUUUAAAUCCAAAAAGGCUGUUUGGCACAAACUCCUCUCCAAACAACGUCGCCGUGCAGUCGUGGCUUGUUUCCGUAUGACCCCCCUGUAUAACCUCCCUAGGAAUCGAGCAUGCAACAUGUUUCUGGAGGCUUACAAACAGUCCUGGAUAAUGAGCGAAGCUCACGAUUUUGAAGACCGAAUGAUCGACGACUUGUCUAAAUCACUGGAGACUGAAGAGGAGGAGGAGGAAGUGGAGGAGAAGAAGCCAGAUCCACUUCACCAGCUGAUCUUGCACUUCAGUAGAACCGCUCUGACGGAGAAGAGUAAACUGGAUGAAGAUUACUUGUACAUGGCGUACGCGGACAUCAUGGCCAAGAGCUGUCACAUGGAAGAAGAAGGAGAGGAAUCUCCAGCCGAGGAAGCAGAAUCUGAACUUACUUUUGAAGAAAAAGAGAUGGAGAAGCAGAAACUUUUAUACCAGCAGUCACGUUUGCACAAUCGUGGAGCAGCCGAGAUGGUCCUACAGAUGAUUAGUGCUUGUAAAGGAGAACCGGGGGCUAUGGUCUCCUCCACACUCAAACUGGGCAUCUCCAUACUCAAUGGUGGAAACUGUGAGGUUCAGCAGAAAAUGCUGGAUUACCUGAAGGACAAACGGGAAGUGGGAUUUUUCCAGAGCGUGCAGGCCUUGAUGCAAACCUGCAGUGUGCUGGACCUGAAUGCAUUUGAACGUCAGAAUAAGGCAGAGGGACUGGGAAUGGUAACAGAAGACGGGACAAUCAUCAACCGUGAGCAGGGAGAAAAGGUCAUGGCUGAUGAUCAGUUCACCCAGGACCUCUUCCGCUUCCUCCAACUUCUCUGUGAGGGCCACAAUAACGAUUUUCAGAAUUAUCUGCGUACACAGACCGGAAACACCACAACAAUCAACAUUAUCAUCUGCACUGUGGACUAUCUCCUACGUCUGCAGGAAUCUAUUAGCGAUUUUUACUGGUAUUAUUCUGGGAAAGAUGUUAUCGAUGAACAAGGGAAGAGAAAUUUCUCCAAAGCGAUGUCAGUGGCAAAGCAAGUUUUCAACAGUCUGACUGAAUAUAUCCAGGGUCCCUGCACAGGAAACCAACAGAGUUUGGCGCACAGCCGUUUGUGGGACGCUGUAGUUGGGUUUUUACACGUCUUUGCUCACAUGAUAAUGAAACUGGCCCAGAUGCCCCAAAACGGAGGACUUCAAAAUGGCGACUCCAGCCAGAUUGGCCUCCUCAAGGAGUUGUUGGACCUUCAGAAAGAUAUGGUCGUCAUGCUUUUGUCUCUCCUGGAAGGAAAUGUGGUCAAUGGAAUGAUUGCCCGGCAGAUGGUGGACAUGCUUGUGGAGUCUUCUAGCAAUGUGGAGAUGAUUCUUAAAUUCUUUGACAUGUUCUUGAAGCUAAAGGACAUUGUGGCAUCUGAUGCAUUCAGAGAUUAUGUAACAGACCCCCGUGGCCUCAUCUCCAAAAAAGAUUUCCAGAAAGCAAUGGACAGCCAGAAGCAGUACACACCCUCUGAGAUCCAGUUCCUCCUUUCCUGCUCAGAGGCUGAUGAAAAUGAGAUGAUAAACUUUGAGGAAUUUGCUGACCGAUUCCAGGAGCCAGCAAAGGAUAUUGGAUUUAAUGUUGCAGUCUUGUUGACCAAUCUCUCUGAGCAUGUUCCUCACGACUCUAGACUGAGAACCUUCUUGGAGCUAGCAGAUUGUAUAAUCGCAUACUUCAAGCCUUACCUUGGCCGCAUCGAGAUCAUGGGCGCUGGCAAGAAGAUAGAAAGAAUAUAUUUUGAGAUCAGUGAGACCAACAAAGCACAGUGGGAGAUGCCACAGGUCAAAGAGUCUAAACGGCAGUUUAUAUUUGAUGUUGUCAACGAAGGAGGUGAAUCAGAGAAAAUGGAACUUUUUGUAAACUUCUGUGAGGACACCAUCUUUGAGAUGCAGAUUGCUGCCCAGAUCUCAGAGCCAGAAGAAGAGAAAGUGGAUGAUGAUGAAGAUGAAGUAACAGGGGCAGAAGGCACUGGGGAAGGUGAAGAGGCAGAGAAUGGGAAUAAUCCACCUGAAGCCUCAUCUGCAUUUGUGGAGUUUAUGGAAAAUGUAAUAAACUUCUUCAAGAUUUUUACCUUCCGGAAUCUCAGGAGGCAGUAUCGCAAGGUCAAGAAGAUGACUUCUAAGGAGAUAGUCAUGGCUAUUGCUUCCUUUAUGUGGACCUUGCUCCUGGGUACCUGUCACUUCUUCUACAGUGUCUGUAAGGGGAUAUUUUUCUUAAUCUGGCAUACUUUGUUUGGGGGAAGCCUGGUAGAAGGUGCUCAGAAGUUGACUGUAACAGAGCUAUUGGCUAGUAUGCCUGACCCCACACAAGAUGAAGUCCAUGGUGACGGGCCUCCUGCAAUGGUGAGUGAUGAAGUCCUGGAGGAUGGAGAUACGACAGACUUUGUGGACAUGACCAAAGAAGAGGUGCAAGAGGAAGGAGGAGAAAUAUUUGGUAUGGAUCUCAAAAAAGAUGCCGGUCAUUACAGACUCAGUGCCCCAGAUGCUCCUGGUGGAUUAGGUGACAUGGGAGACACCACACCAAUUGAACCACCCACACCUGAGGGGUCGCCCAUUCUGAAGCGGAAGUUUGAAGAUUCUGAAGAAGGCCAUGAGCAAGAGACACCGGUAGUAGAGGAGGAGCCGGUCCCAGAGCCCGAGCCUGAGCCAGAGCCAGAGAAAGCCGACACAGAGAAUGGUGAGAAAGGCCCAGAUGUCUUGGAAGAAGCUGCUCCUGAUCCUGAGGAGCCUGACGACCCAGAAGUCAUUGCUACACCCAAGAGGAAGUCCCCAUCAAGAGAUAAGAAAGCAGAGGCAGGGGAUGGAGUUUCAGAAUUCUGGAAUGAGGUGGAUAUCCAGAAAACAAAAUUCCUGAACUAUCUCUCCAGGAACUUCUACAACCUGCGUUUCUUGACUCUCUUUCUGGCUUUUGCCCUUAACUUCAUUCUACUUUUCUAUAAGGUAUCUGAUUCCCCACAAGGUGAGGAUGACUUUGAAGGCUCAGGGAUGGAGGAAGAGUUGACCGUUUUAGAUGAUGGGGGAGGAGAGGAAGAGGAUGAAGAGGAAAGCAUGGUGUACUUUUUCUUGGAGGAAAAUACAGGAUACAUGCAGCCGACCCUAAACAUUCUGUCAAUAGUCCAUACCCUCAUUUCUUUUCUGUGCAUUAUUGGUUAUAACUGUCUCAAGGUUCCUCUGGUCAUUUUUAAGCGUGAGAAGGAAUUGGCUCGUAAACUUGAGUUUGAUGGAGUUUACAUCACUGAACAGCCAGAAGAUGAUGACAUUAAGGGUCAAUGGGAUCGCUUGGUCUUGAAUACACCAUCAUUUCCGUCUAAUUACUGGGACAAGUUUGUGAAAAGAAAGGUGCUAGAUAAAUAUGGUGAUAUUUAUGGCCGUGAGAGGAUAGCUGAACUGUUAGGCAUGGACCUUGCCAGUCUUGAGAUCAGCUCUCAAAAUGAGAAGAAACCUAAACCAGACAAUUCCAUGCUGACUUGGAUAACAGCCAUUGACAUAAAGUACCAGAUCUGGAAAUUUGGAGUGGUUUUCACUGAUAAUUCAUUCCUUUAUCUGGUUUGGUACCUUGUCAUGUCACUGCUCGGACACUACAACAAUUUCUUCUUUGCUGCCCACUUGCUGGACAUUGCCAUGGGCGUGAAGACACUCCGCACUAUCCUGUCCUCUGUCACACACAAUGGCAAACAGCUAAUGAUGACGGUCGGUCUUCUUGCGGUGAUCGUAUAUCUUUACACAGUGGUUGCCUUCAACUUCUUCCGAAAAUUUUACAACAAAAGUGAAGAUGAAGAUGAGCCAGACAUGAAGUGUGACGACAUGAUGACUUGUUAUCUGUUCCAUAUGUACGUCGGGGUGCGUGCUGGUGGGGGUAUCGGAGAUGAAAUCGAAGACCCAGCUGGAGAUGAAUAUGAACUUUAUCGCGUCAUCUUUGACAUCACUUUCUUCUUCUUUGUCAUCGUCAUCCUGCUGGCAAUCAUUCAAGGUUUAAUCAUUGAUGCCUUUGGAGAGCUGAGAGAUCAGCAGGAGCAAGUGAAGGAGGACAUGGAGACUAAAUGUUUUAUCUGUGGAAUUGGCAGUGAUUACUUCGAUACGACUCCGCAUGGAUUUGAGACUCACACGUUGGAAGAGCAUAACUUGGCCAAUUACAUGUUCUUCCUCAUGUAUCUGAUUAACAAGGAUGAGACGGAACACACGGGGCAGGAGUCCUACGUCUGGAAGAUGUACCAGGAGCGCUGCUGGGAUUUCUUCCCAGUUGGAGACUGUUUCAGGAAGACGUAUGAAGAUCAGCUGGGAUAAUGAUAUCCGAUGGAACGCCUGCCGUUAACGCGCCUUGCGGUGCGCAUUCUGUGAUACAAGACUGCGAGAGCAGAUCAUCGCAACUUAAUUAUCCAGUGACUUCUGCAGCGUUUUCGCUCUUUGCUACUGAAAUUUCACACGCUGAGCUAUAAAGUUUUUGCAAUCAUGAGAACUUUGCAGAGCAUUGCACACAAUGACGAUUCCUGCAGAACCUUGUAGAUUUACAGAGCAACUCAACGUGCAGCGCGUUCUACCUUUACAGCGGAGACAGAGCACCUUAAACUAGCGAAUACAAUCUGUGUCGUCAUUAGCCUCAGCUCAAGAAACUGGGUCAGGUUGUUUCACUGCCAGGGGUUCAGGGACGUGUGCUUUUAACUCUAUCACUGCCGAAAACGUAAUAACGUCCACGCCUUGCUCAAACUUGUAGAACGUUACACGUCUCCCUGACUCCUUAUUGAUCUAUUGAAAUUUACACUCGCUGUACAAGAGGCCUCGAUACUGUGCAGCAAUCAAAGGGUUAACAAGUCACCCUUGUCACUUUAAAGCAAUAAAUCUGAAAGACUUUCAAAGAAUGACACAAGAAUAAACACUUAGAUCCCGCCGCUGCCCAGAUUUCUAAUUUAUAGGGAAAAUAAAUAUUUAUUUUAGAUGGACGUAAAGAAUAUCCAUUUUGCCUUAGAGAGAUCCUAGGAUAAGACCGUGUCAUUGUCUUACAUUAAUUGCACAAAUGAUUGAAUUUUACGUUUCUGAAAUUAAAGUAAAAGGUCUAAAAAUCUUGCUGAAAUAAUCAAAA